GCCGCCGCCGCCGCCGCGCCGUGGAAAAGGUGCCGGGAACCGAGUGAGCCGGGGCCGCGGGCCCGAGCGCCAUGGGCCGGAAGGCGUGCGGAGGGCGGCUGGUCAGCCCCGGGCCUCACCCCCGCGGGAGAGCCGCCUGGAGUCGGCAGGGGCCGGCCGGGCCCACGGGGAGGCCGGCCCGCGCCCCCUGAGCUGCGGACACCAGGUGAGGGGGCUGCGGGGGACAGACUAGGGGUUGGCCAGGGAGGGACAAGGGGCCACGGGAGGGGUUGGGGAGGGGUUGGGGAGGGGCACCUUAGCAGGCGGGGGAGGGGAUGGCGCCGAAGGGAUGCCGGAGAUUCCAGGGGACACCGGGGAAAGGAAGUUCCGGGACCCUCCCUGCUCUCAUGGCCACCUCCGCUUCCUGCCUCAAGCCUCACCUUGUACCCAGAGCCCGGACUCCCCCUAACUGCUUGGGGAAUGUGACCUUUACUCUGGGGGCCCUGGCCCUGCAGGCUCCAGCCCUCUCUCAGCCUUGGGGGACCCCUUGGGCCUCUGACCCUGACCCCACCGCCAGGCCAGGCUCUCGAAGCUGGCCCCUGAGACUGGGUCUUGGGGCAAGUGGGCACCUGUGCCAGACCCACCUGUGCCUGGGCUGUGACCCUUCCCUACAGGGCGCUCACCAUGGCCCCGCCGCUCCUGCUGCUGCUGCUGGCCAGUGGAGCGGCCGCCUGCCCACUGCCCUGCGUCUGCCAGAACCUGUCUGAGUCGCUCAGCACCCUCUGUGCCCACCGAGGCCUGCUGUUCGUGCCACCCAACGUGGACCGGCGCACAGUGGAGCUGCGGCUGGCUGACAACUUCAUCCAGGCCUUAGGGCCGCCAGACUUCCGCAACAUGACGGGGCUGGUGGACCUGACGCUGUCCCGCAACGCCAUCACCCGCAUCGGGGCCCGCGCCUUCGGGGACCUGGAGAGCCUGCGCUCCCUGCACCUGGAUGGCAACAGGCUGGUGGAGCUGGGCACUGGCAGCCUGCGGGGCCCCGUCAACCUGCAGCACCUCAUUCUCAGCGGCAACCAGCUGGGCCGCAUUGCGCCGGGGGCCUUCGACGACUUCCUGGACAGCUUGGAGGACCUGGACCUGUCCUACAACAACCUGCGGCAGGUGCCCUGGGCCGGCAUCGGCGCCAUGCCUGCCCUGCACACCCUCAACCUGGACCACAACCUCAUUGACGCAUUGCCCCCGGGCGCCUUUGCCCAACUCGGCCAGCUCUCCCGCCUCGACCUCACCUCCAACCGCUUGGCCACGCUGGCGCCCGACCCGCUCUUCUCCCGGGGGCGCAACGCCGAGGCCUCGCCUGCCCCGCUGGUGCUGAGCUUCAGUGGGAACCCCCUGCACUGCAACUGCGAACUGCUGUGGCUGCGGCGGCUCGCCCGGCCGGACGACCUGGAGACCUGCGCCUCCCCGCCCAGCCUGGCCGGUCGCUACUUCUGGGCGGUGCCUGAGGGCGAGUUCUCCUGUGAGCCGCCCCUCAUUGCCCGCCACACGCAGCGCCUCUGGGUGCUGGAGGGCCAGCGGGCCACACUGCGGUGCCGGGCCCUCGGCGACCCUGCGCCCACCAUGCACUGGGUCGGCCCUGACGACCGGCUGGUCGGCAACUCCUCCCGAGCCCGGGCUUUUCCCAACGGGACCCUGGAGAUUGGGGUGACGGGUUCCGCGGACGCGGGGGGCUACACCUGCAUUGCCACCAACCCUGCUGGCGAGGCCACAGCGCGGGUAGAACUACGAGUGCUGGCCUUACCCCACGGAGGGAACGGCAGUACCGAGGGGGCCCGCCCGGGGCCCUCGGACAUCGCCGCCUCAGCCCGCACUGCUGCCGAGGGCGAGGGGACGCUGGAGUCUGAGCCAGCCGUGCAGGUGACGGAGGUGACCGCCACCUCGGGGCUAGUGAGCUGGGGGCCAGGGCGGCCGGCGGACCCCGUGUGGAUGUUCCAAAUCCAAUACAACAGCAGCGAGGACGACACCCUCGUGUACCGGAUCGUCCCAGCCUCCAGCCACCACUUCCUGCUGAAACACCUGGUCCCGGGUGCCGACUAUGACCUCUGUCUGCUGGCCCUGUCACCCGCCGCUGGGCCUUCCGACCUCACAGCCACUAGGCUGCUGGGCUGUGCCCACUUUUCCACGCUGCCAGCCAUGCCCCUGUGCCACGCCCUGCAGGCCCACGUGCUGGGCGGGACCCUGACUGUGGCUGUCGGGGGGGUGCUGGUGGCUGCCUUACUGGUCUUCACUGUGGCCUUGCUGGUUCGGGGCCGGGGGGCCGGGAAUGGCCGCCUCCCCCUCAAGCUCAGCCACGUCCAAUCCCAGACCAACGGGGGCCCCAGCCCCACACCCAAGACGCACCCACCACGGAGCCCCCCGCCUCGCCCCCAGCGCAGCUGCUCCCUGGACCUGGGAGACACGGGCGGGUGCUACGGGUACGCCAGGCGCCUCGGAGGAGCCUGGGCCCGACGGAGCCACUCUGUGCAUGGGGGGCUGCUCGGGGCCGGGUGCCGGGGCAUGGGGGGCAGCGCCGAGCGGCUGGAAGAGAGUGUGGUGUGAUGGCAAGGGAGCCAGCCCGGGGUGGGCGGCAGAGGGUGUGGGGUGGGCAGCCUCAUGGCCCAGUGGGUCAUUGCUGCCUGGGAGUCCCUCCUGGUUUUACCCUGGGUCCCUUGGGAAGGACAGGGGGCGCUCUCCCUGGUUCUGGCCUCCAGUUGGGCAAAAUGGGACAGGUCCCUGUGACAGGUGCUCACGGCCUCCGAGGCGGGGGCUACAGCCACCAAGUGCAAGUCUUGUUUUUCUUUAUAAUAAAAUUACUGGGGUCACCUCA